UGAUGUUUGGGCUGUAUUUGCUGUACUACUUCAGGGUGUUUGAGAGACAGAUAGGUUCUAAUAAGUACUCAGUCUUCAUCUUGUUCUCCAUAAUGGUUUCAUUACUCUUUGAGGUCCUUGCACUAGCACUUCUAAAAGAUGACAGCCGUGUUGUGGUUUUAUUGUCCUUUAUUUUUGGUUUACUCUUUCGCAUUUGGGAAUGGCCUUUGGCAAAUUGUGUUAACAAAUUUCAUAUUUUUGCCAAAGUUAACCAAUUCUUAUUGGUUCAAGAAACUAUGACGCACAUCCCGAACAUUAAGAGCCCUUCUAAAAGAUUUGUUGUCUGACAAGUGAUCUGAAAGGGAAGUUAUACACUUAUUCUUUCAAUCUCAGGCUUGGAAUGACAUAAUUUUUUUGCACUCACGAGCUCCUUGGGAAAAAUCCUAGCGGAAGUGGGGUCUCUAACAUGAGAUUAUCACGUUAUGGAGAUGGUUUUUAACCCAAGACAUUAA